UCAUCUGUUGAAAAACUAGCGCAUCAUACUAGUACUAGAACUGUUUUCAUCAAUCAUUCCGGAGAUCAUCGCUGUGAAAUAAAUAAAAAGCUAUUGUUCUAUGAGAAGUACUAAGUGGCCUCAGCGUCAAGAACAUUAAGGAUCGUUUUUCUGGUAGUAAGUUGUAUUAAGUUUGAGUUACUCGCCACACUAAGUAUUAACGGAUCACGACAGUAGUUGUAUUUAAAUCUCGACAAAGUUCCCUACAACUCCUACGCAAAAUGCCGAGUACACGCGUCGUGCGCCUGGAAUCCGAGGGGGAAGAGAACUCCUCGGAGGACGCUUCGGGUGUGAGCGUGCGCGAUCUCUCCGAGGAGGAAGAGCAAGAUGUAGCUGAAGAAGAGUCCUCGUCUGAAAUCGUGGUUGAGGUGGAAGAAAAGGAGGUGGAGUAUAUGCUCACCAAUCCUCAUGGUCCGCUCGAGCGUUUUCUCCGGCCGCCCGAAGAAAAGCAAGAAGAUCUGUGCAGUUUUUUGUCGUUCUUCAUCCCGGCGUUUUGGAACGCCGCGGUACCUUAUACUUAUUUUAGAACUUAGAUUAUAACUCUAGAACUAGAUGCUUGGAAUCAAUUUAAACAGGUGCAUCUAGAUCUAGGUCGUUCGCAAACGUAACGCUUCUUAAUAAUCAUGCCAGGUAUUGUGCGAGACUUGGUAUCGCGGUUGGAUUAAAGACAAGAAGCCGGCGACGGACGACGACGAGGAGAAGAAAAAACAGAUGUCGGAAUACGUCGACUUAUGGCCAUUUUGUAUCUUGUUGCCGCAAUCGAUUUAGACUUUGUCAGCCUGUUCUGUAUCUUAUCCUCAUCGACCUAGAUUCUGUGUCAUUUUUUGUAUCUAGUCGUCUUCUCCUGGUCAGCAUCGAGCUACCCUUUCGCUUCUUCAACUACGUUAUAUCUAAAAAAGCCAUCUGCUUCUAACAAUCGAAGCGUACACGUAUUGGAUUGACGUCAACCAAUACUGGCACGAGUAUUUUUAUGACCUCGAGCGUCACUUGACGGCGAAAGGCACCGAGAGCCAUCGAAAAAGUUUUCACGCACUGACCCAGCUGGAUAUGGAUUUGAAGUGCAUCGGAUACCGUUAAGGGCUGCGAAAGUCUUAUAUUAUCAUAAAAACGCAAACACUCUUCACUCGUCUUUUCCUGCUACUGGAAAAGAGUCAUGAAUGGUAGUGAGGAAUGCGAUUAAAGUUCAAUCGCGACGAUCAUGCUUCACUUUUUUUUACCUCUAAUACCAAGUCCUACUGGUUGCUGCCAAUUUUCAGGAACUUGUGUACGGUGUGUACGGCCAGAUUGAUAUGAAGCGAAGCAUCUGGGAGGAAGAUGUUAAGGGUUUCCGCGGUGCGUCCUUCACUACCAUCCUUCGCCCUUUUUCAAGAGGAGAAUAGGCUAAGGAUGUUUCUUCAAAGAAUGCAAUGUGGAAACCUCUAAUGAUGGGAUACUUUUUGCGUGGAAGGGCUCGGCGUACACGUUUGGCAUUUUGGAACUUAUGGUUGGUUGUGCCUUCGUGUUGGAUAUGUUGCUGCAGGUAAAUUAUAAUGUACUGACUAUCUUUAUUAGAAAGAUGAAAACUUGCUGCGCGUGCAGCUACUUCUAGUUAUGUUUCAUCUUUCUUAUCGUCCUGAGCAGAACAUCGCGCGUUUUUCAUUGAAUGCACUAGCACCAUGCUAAUACGUCGGGGCUUUUUUAAUAUCUUCACUUUUGCUCUAAUCUCUGAAUGACGGAGUCGCUGAAGAUGCUCAGUGCGACGUGUUACGGUGAGCACGUAGUCCGUGAUCUGAUUGAUCUCAAAAUGGUCCGCCAUCCGAAGUGGCCCGUGAACCAUAGAUCCAUGUGGAUGAGCAGUGAUGAAGAAUCAUCCGCAGCAUCCAGCAGCGACAAUCAGGAGGUAAAGUAAGUUGUUCUAUAGUUAAUAAGGGGACUCGAUCUUCAUAGUAUAACUAAUACGCUGUAGCUAGGGGCUGGCUGUCAAAUUGCUGCCGCCCGAGGAUAACUCUACUCAACAUGCAUGUUAAUACUAGUUUGAGCCCUUCGCUCAAGGUCCAUAUUAGUAUCACUUUUACACAAUCGACACACUUUCCAUGAUUAUACUCGCUCGCGACUCAUAGAUGAUGGAUGUGGAAGGAGAGUCCCAACAGGACGACGAGAAAGAAGAAGACGAGGCAGAUACAACUCUGAUGGAAGUAGAAGAGCAGCCCCAGCAACAGGAGCAGGACAAAGCUGAAAAGUCCCAGGACGAGCAGCAGGACUCCCAGGCAAGCGGAGACCAGUAAUACCUUAUAAGGUGACAAGACUAUAGUUAUGCUGUAAUCUUCAUUGACAGACCCACUCAUGUCAAAAAGCACCCACUUGCUCCAUGGUUACUCACUUACUUCUCUUCUUUGUUCUCAUAGAUACCGAUAUCAGCACGCUAGUCAUUUAUCAUUGCAAAAAAUAUUAGAUCUGCCCGGUGAAUGAAAACGAGGAGAGUUACGAAUAGGAGGGUGGUUGCGACGAAGAGGAGCGAGGACGGUGGGCAGGAGCGCGAUUUUCUUCGGUGAUUGCUAUCAGUGCUAUAGUAUCUAUGUAAUAUUAAUAUUAUUGGCGUCGGCAGAAGGACGAAAGCGCGGCGCCUAAUAAAAACGGAUCCUAAUAUAAACGUGGCCACUAAGAUUUAUUUAGAUACUUGAAUUACUUGACCUUUUUUCUCGGCCUUUUGCUUUCUAGUUAGGUGUGCUCCACCGAUAUUAUAGAAAUGAAUAUUACUAGGGUUACGUUUGUAGAAUGAAAGAGUAAGAACAAGACGAUUAUGAAAGGAAAAGAAGAGUCACGUAAUGCUGCUGGAGGAAGAUGUUGAAGGGAGCUUAUGCUUACCCUUCGGAUUACGAAGCAAUUGUUUUUUUGUCUUCUAAUUUAUUUGCAUGGGACUAUCACGAUUAUAGAUGGUUUUUUCGCAGCGAGGCUAGUGCUGCUGCGGUUCUGAAUGAGACGAUGCUGAUUUUCAGACUUUGGUUUAGGGCGGAAG